GGUGUUCAAUUGAGUUAAAUUGGAUCCAAUACUUUUCAGUCUUUUACCCUUGUCAAUAAGAUGCCUGAACGGUUUCAUCAGAGUCCUUUUUCCUUAUAUUGCUUUCCCAAAAUUAUAUCAGGGAAAAAUGGAAGAUUCUAGUUGUGUUAAAGAGGCUCAAGUAGCAGGUCCAUAUUCCCAAGAGACUGUAGAAAUUAAGCCCAAUUCUGAUGUUGACAGUUUCAUGUGUUCCAAUUCUUAUCCAAAUUAUCGCCAUGUACUAUCAGAAAAUACAGAUACAGCAUUGCUGCUGAAUGAUGCAAAGGCAUUGGGACAUGAAAAUGCUCGAUCAGGUGAACUUUUUUUAGCUUUAAUAUGUCUAGGUUUCUUGGACAUCAUAAAUUAUGAAUCCAUUCAAUUUAGAAAAUGUAAGUUCUGGAUUUCACUCGAUCCUGAGCUACACCAGCCUGCUGCGGAAACUAUUGAUGCUGGAGGCUCUGAACCUAAUGUUCCUCUGUUUUAUCCAAAUAGUUUUCAUGAAAGUGAUAAUGAUGUUGAACUAACACACAAACUGUGGAGUUCCCUUGAUGUUACAUUAUUGGAAGAUGACUGGGAGAGUAAUAUUCCUUCUAGUGAAUCCAUAGAGUGUGGGUCAUUGUCUUCCUUCUCACAUCCUGAUACUGUGGGUGAGUUUGUCAGCAACAAUGUUGUUAAAAGGCUGGACUUUGGGGGGCAUUUGCAGAUUCAAGAAAAGUCAAAGGCUUCUUUUGAGGAUUCUUCAUCUUUCUCUAAGUGGCCAAUAGAUCAGAAAUUAUAUUCAGAAUCAGCAUGUGAUACAACUUCUAUAUCCAUUAAAUACGGAGAAAAUGAUCAUGUUCUUCCACUUGAUUCUGUUGAGUACUUGAACUUGGAGGCAAAAUCAAUCUGCCCUUCUGCUAUAAAGCAGAGUUUGUUUGAUUGUUCAUUAACGGAAGAAGGUUCAAAGAAGCUGGACAGUUUAAACUGGAUGCUUGAGGAACUAGGAGACGUUACAGAUGUAGAUGAGUCACAUAGGCUGUCCAGUUCUGGGGCUUUGUGGGGAACAGUUGAAAAUGAAAUAAGGAUUGAGAUUGAUGUUUUCAGCAUUCCCUCCGAAGGACAAGUUCAUACCUCUGUGCCUGAUCCUUCUGUGUCCCAGGACCAACUUUUUACCAUUAUUGAUUUCUCACCAAAUUGGGCAUAUUUAGACUCUGAAACUAAGGGAUUGAAAUAGAGCAUUCUUCAUCAUUAGAGUUGUAUGUACUAUGUAGAGACUUCUCUCUUCUCAUGUAUUACAGUAUUCGUUUUUUU